AUGACUAAAGACAUCCCCUUUUACAGCACAAAUGAAGAUGGCAAUCUUCUGCGUGUAUUCCUCGUCAGACAUGGCCAAACGGCCGAAAAUUCGCAAAAGAUCCUACAGGGCCACCUUGACACAAAUCUGAACGAUGUUGGAAUCGAGCAAGCACAGAAGCUUGGCCAGUAUCUUUUCCAAGAGCGAAAAGUAAGGCUCGAUCGGGUAUACAGCAGUGAUCUGAAACGAUGCCAACAAACAACCGGCCAGAUGCUCGAUAAGUGCUCAGGUGAAAGGCCAGAAGUGAAGCUUGAUUCCGGUCUCAGGGAACGCUCCAUGGGAGAAAUUCAGGGCAUGUAUCUAAGUGAUGCUGAGGACUAUGCGGCAAAACACGGCAAAGCUUCUUUUCGCGAUUUUGGCGAGAAACCGCAAGAGUUUGAGCACCGGAUAACGGAAGCGGUCUCAAAGAUCACUGAAAAUUGUUCAGACGUACAAAAUAUUGCAAUCGUCAGUCAUGGAGGCUCUAUCCGCCAACUGCUGAAAUGGUUUGACUACACUGAGCACGACAUGCAUCGAAUCAUUGUAUUUAACACAUCUGUCACAAUCAUUGACUAUCGUAAGUCCAAACGCACCUAUGAAGUGAAGCGCGUUGGUAACACCCAACAUUUGGGCGAUGGAGAGUUCAUUGUAAGUGAUUUACGUUUGCGCUAA